CGUACACGUAACUAACUCGUAUGGUGGCUGACAUACGAGCCUCAGCAGAAGUCUGACAAGUGCAGUGGUUUCCAUGGUGUUUGCUAGCAUUUAGUAUGAAUUUAAGGUUGAGAAAUGCAAUUUGAAUUUAUUUCGUGAUGUGGUCUUUCUUUUCACGUGAUCCAUCAAAGGACUUUCCCUAUGAUAUUGGGGAACCCGUUCCAGGUCUUGAAGAUAAAAGUGUAUGGAGCUUGCACAAGGGAAAGAAGAAGGGGUCGGGAGAAGAAGUGUCAAUAUUUGUUUUUGAUAUAAAGAACGGCAGUGAAACUCAAUUUGACGUAGGAAAAACUGCUGUAAAGAGAUUGAAGACAUUACGACAUCCGAGCAUUCUUACAUACUUGGACAGCUUUGAAUCUGAGAAGAUUCUGUACUUGGCAACAGAGUAUGUAGAACCUUUGGAAACACACAUAACACAGUUGUCUAAAGAAGGUCACCAGCGAGAACUCUAUCUUGCAUGGGGUAUAUUUCAGAUCACUCGUGCUCUCAGUUUCCUAAACAAUGAUGGCAACCUGCGACACAACAAUGUGUGCCUGUCGUCUGUGUUUGUCAAUGUAGCAGGGGAGUGGAAGUUGGGAGGAGUUGAAUAUGUGGCAGGAGCCAGUGAGGGUACAGGCCUUCCAAUCAAGAUCCUGCCUGCAUUGGAGAAGUACGACCCCCCUGAAAAGUCUGACCCCAGCAAGCAGCGGCUUGUUACAAAAUGUUCCACAGACAUGUGGGGUCUUGGCUGCCUCAUCUGGGAAGCUUUUAAUGGGCUGCUUUCUCAACAGACUGCAUUGAAAGACUUGGAAAAUAUCCCAAAGCAGUUGAGUGCAGUAUAUUGUGAGUUGGUUGGUGCAAAUCCAUCAUCCCGACCAAACCCAGCAGACAUCAUCACACGCUGUCGCAAGCUGGGGGGUUACUUCAAGAAUGACUUGGUGGAUGCUCUGCUUUUCCUAGAGGAGAUCCAAAUCAAGGAAAAAGGAGAGAAGAACCGUUUUUUUAGUGCCAUCACAUCCCAGCUGGACAACUUCCCAGAAAAUGUGUGUCGCCAUAAGAUACUGCCACAACUCAUCACUGCAUUUGAAUAUGGUGAUGCAGGGUCUGCUGUCCUCAUGCCCAUGUUCAAGCUUGGGCGGCUGCUGGACGAGCCAGACUAUCAGAAGAAGAUAGUGCCGUGUGUUGUGAAAUUGUUUGCAUCCACAGACAGGGCCACACGGAUACGACUCCUGCAGCAGCUUGAGCACUUCAUAGGACAUUUGCAGGCAGCUACAGUGAACGAUCAGAUCUUCCCUCAGGUGGCACAUGGCUUCAUGGACACGAAUCCGACCAUCCGAGAGCAGACCGUCAAGUCUGUGAUCCAUCUUGCCCCGAAGCUCAACUACAACAAUCUGAAUGUGGAGGUUUUGCGUCACUUUGCCAGGCUGCAGUCCAAGGAUGAGCAGGGGGGCAUCAGGACCAACACUACUGUAUGUCUGGGCAAGAUCGCUCAGCAUCUGCAUCCUCAGAUACGACAAAAGGUCCUCAUCUCUGCGUUCAUCCGUGCCAUGCGGGAUCCGUUUCCUCCGGCCCGCAGUGCCGGGGUGCUAGCACUGGCUGCUACGCAGCAGUAUUUCCUUCUGUCUGAGGUUGCAGUGCGCAUUCUGCCUGCGCUCUGCCAGCUCACAGUUGACUCAGAGAAGUCUGUGCGUGAUAAUGUGUUCAGGACCAUCAAGGGCUUUCUUGGAAAGCUGGAGAAAGUUUCUGAGGAUCCUAGCCUCAGAGAGUCCAUGGAGGCUGAUGUCCACACGGCCACACCGAGCCUGUCUAACGCUGCUGCCACAUGGGCAGGCUGGGCUGUAACUGCAGUUACUUCUAAGUUUUAUCGGAGCCAGUCUGAUACUGUCAAGUCAAUAACGCCUGUCACCAGCAAGACCCUGAGCAAGCCUGGAUCUCUGGAGCAACCAUCUAGCAGCAGCAUUUCUACAACAACAUCGAGUGUGACGUCAAUGACAUCACUGGAGCAGGAAGAGAGUAAGGGAGCUGAGUCGGUGUCUGACUAUGAUGAGGUUUGGGACACAGAGAACUGGGGUGAAAUGGAUACCCCUGCAAGCCCACCAAGUACAGCAUCGGAGUCCAAGAGUCCCGUGCUGGGAACCAAGGAGAGGAAGGGGACAGAUGGAUGGGAUACAGAGGAGUGGGGCAGUCUGGAGGAAGACCCGGUAGCAGAGAGGGAUCCAGGAGAAAGAUGGGGAACAGCAGACUUUGCUGUUGUGGAGGACACGGCUGGAAUGAAGUUUGUAGCCAGCCACAACUGGGGAGAUGGCACCAAGGAGGAGUUGGCAAACCGAAAGCAGGGCUGGGAGGACACUGAGUGGGAGCCUCUCCAGGAGACUGGUGGUGCCUCAAGCAGAUUGGAAGAGGCGCGCAAGAAGCGAGAGGAGCGGAAAGUGCAGCGCCAGAAGGAACUUGAAGCUCGAAGAGCCACCAAACUGUCCGGUGGACCAAUGAAACUAGGCACCAAGAAAAUGUAGCUGGGGCAUGGAUCACAUUAGAAACAAAAUGGAUUUUCCAGAAAGCACGUAAUCUGCUGUCCGUCUCAUGAUGAAACUGAUCCCAGUGAAAUAAGAAUGGCUUGGCUGCCUCAUGGGUACAAGAUUUCAGCUCCUACAAAUCUUCAGGAUAUUACUACUAUAUACGUAUUGCUGUUGGAUCACUGAUAUUUGUUUUUCAUACACACUACAGUUUUCUGCAAGUCAAGUGUGAUCUUGUAGCAGUUCAGAUGCUGUGCCAGCAGUGUGAUGGUCAUGAUGAUCCUGCAACAAACUUUUCAUGUGUCAUGUAUCUCAUAUUCUACCUGCACUUUGAAGUACUGUAAGGGUACUCACAGUUUUCCAAGCUGCUUCCCACGGUAGUCAUCACUCACCACCACAUCCUCCAGGCGCCCUCUCUGCAAAGAGAAAUUCUUAUUACUGUGUAGUGAUUAAAACUUAAGCGACACAAUGAAUUUACCCUUCGGAAAGAUAUCUGAAGAUUCUGUGUCACCCAAUUUGAUCUGUCUGUCAAUCUUGGUAUUGAACUAGGAGGGACAACUUCAGUUGUCUUAGGCACUAAGACCACUGCAAGGGUAAAAGUCACAAAAGUUUCUACCCAGAAUACUGUGGCACACAUACCAAGUGAGCAGGAUAGCCUGUUUUCUGUUCUCACCCCACAUACACUUGUCCCAGACCAGCCAGCCACUUUGGACCCAUCUGUAUACCGGACUAGUUCUAGUGAAGGAUCAUAGACCAGAUACAUAACCUUGUUUUCAUGACAGGAUGUCCACUUAAAUGAAGUCCCAAAGGCAAGCAUGGUGUAAUUUUGUGAUGGAUUAUCCGUUCGAUAUACAAGGAUCUGGGCAUUACCUACUUCCAAACCCUGACCAGACUCUAAACCCAUACCUGUGAGCAUCUGCCACCAAGUGGAGGCAGACCUUCAUAUGUUUCCUCCAUAUAUUUAGAUCCUGAAACAUCCUUCCAUUAUGACUGUAAUGCUAAUUUUCAUUGUGAAAAAAAGUUCAUAUAUAGUUCUGGAUGAAUUCCCUUGCUAGCCUGCAAAUAUUUAACAGUUUAUUAAUGGAUGGAACUUACCACUGCACACUCGUGGAUGAACUUCUGUUCCACAAUCAGUGUAGCAGACCCCACAAUAUGACUACUCCGUGUGUCCUCUAUCACAGUCACAUAGUAAGUGUUGGGGCAAGCCUUCAUUGUUGUGUAACGCCCUAGAAAUAUGCAUUUUAAAAGGAGCCGUCAUAUCUUCCGAACACUGGGAUGGACAUAUUACCCAUUUUGAUUUAAUAUGUUGACAUUUGUGAGUAACUGAUGUACUUGGACUUCACAUCCACUAACCAACCAAUCAAGAAUUUGUAUGUUUUAGUGGAUGGCAAACAUUUGUAAAAUGCUCAAAUAAAUCAGGAAGAUACUAAAACUUUCAAAAAUUCUUGGUUAAA